ACCCAGCAAGCCAACAUUGAGCAUCAACUGCGUGGCGAAUAUCGGAAUAUCAGUGCUUCUCUGGCAUGUGUACGUGGUGGGUCGUGAUUUCUAUGUUCCUUCGUUCCAGAAACCAAACGUUGGUUUGUGCUAGGCUGUAGAAGUAAACGCAUGGUUGAUAGUGGCACGAGUGCAUAAUAACAUUGCUGUUGUCGGCGGUGUGCUUUUGAGCAUAGUUCGGAUGUGCGUGUGCCGUGUGCCGGAUUUUUCGAUGUAAUCUAGCCCGAAGAAUUUUUUUUUGAGCGUUUUGCGGGAUGAUUUCUGUCAGUGAUUCAGUGACGAUGAGAUAAUCCAGAAUCUAGUGUUGCUUCAACAGAUGCAUAUCAACCGGCAAGCAGGUUCACGAAACAGAUAAAUUAAAGUUCAUCAUCAGUUAGCAACGGAAAAACUGAGCGCAAGCGAAUCCUGGAAAUGUGGAAACAACAUUCGAGAGAUUGAGUGAAAAAGUGGGAUAAAAUUGAAUAAAUCGUCCUGAUGAGCACCUGACGAAGUGAUUCAAUGUGCCGAGGCUCUGUGUGUGUGCUGUGCUGAAAAACAGGUGGAUUGGGAAUUAUACAAUGUGAAAAUUGCACUGAAAUGAUGAUUGUGAAGCUACUGAUAACGGGCUGGUGAAAAAUUCGCUUGGUGUUUCGAACGAAGGUUCAGGUGAAUGAAAGUUUAACAAAGUGGUCCCGGAGGCGGCCCAAGCAACUCCAGUGAUUGCAAUCAACAUGGUAAUCAUCAAGAGAGUAAUUUGAUUGGAACCAGUAACGGAUUAUCCCUUGUGGAGGAAAGGAUUUUUUGCUGUAGUUGAUGGUGUUGUUGUUGUUGUUGUUGUUGCGGUGUUCGUGUUCGGUUUCGAAAACGUUGCUGAUCCAACUACGUUGCGCUGCGACCACAAGGUUCCAAGGUGAAGACGACGCUUCGUUGGGAUGAAGCAAGAAUCUCUGUACGGGAUCUGAGAUUAUGAGCAGAGUUUCCCUCGACAAAAUAAGGAACAACCGAUGCCACCUUCGCCCAUAUGGUCCAUGGAUGCAACGGAGCAGAGAAUAAGCGGACGCAAACAAAACAAAAAAAUAACACCCCAAGAAGCGAAGGCUAAAAAUAAACCUGGAGACAAUCUACGCCAGCCUCCUUCCAGCUUCCAGGGAGAAAGCGCAAGGAUUCCUUCCGUCGGUCGUCAACUGUAACGUCGUAAAUUAAAAUAUAAAGACGAUGUUUUCGGUCUGUUUCCACCUUGUGUUCUGCUGCAGCUAUAAACUAAUUACAUAAUUGAACAAAUCUGCGCCACCUCCUGCGCCCCAUCCCCCGAGGCAACUCUUCAUCGCCGGGAAGAAAGUGUGAAAGGAUGUCGUAAUUUGGUGUUUGGACUCCGGAGUCCGCAGUGAACGAAACAAAUCGACUCACGCAAAAAAGGGUUAAGUGCGAACUAUCGAAGAUUACAGCAGUGAAGUUCAGAAACAAUUAAAGGAAUUGAAUUGCUUUUCCCUUUCGUUUUGGGAGGGACGGAACAAAGGGAUCCUCUUUCGGCAGCGCAAAAAAGCACGUUCUCCAGUUGGAUAAAGCAGCGAGAAAAAAAUCACAAUUAAAAAAAAUCUAGAAGUAGCAAGAAAGUUCGAAAAAUUAUGCGAUUUCGUGCUAUUGAACCUUGAAAAUAGACAAUCACGACAAAUGCACUUGGGGAAAUUGAAAACAAACCGAUUUAACCUUUCGUUCGGGGCCGGAAACGUUCGCUCCCCACACAGACGAUGAAAUUCUACGGAGAAGAGAAGUGAACAGAAGGAAGUGACUGUCCUCUAGUGAUUAAUUUUUGAUGUCGAAAUGUUUGAGGGAGUGGAAAAUUGAAUACGACGGCUGAAGGACAAAAAAGGAAGCACAGUCUCGAUAGAGGCUAGGGACAAGUGAAGAAUUGUUAAUUCGUGUAAAUAUUUGAAACCCACCGUCUUACCGGGGAAAAAGGGAUACAAUCGGAAAUGGGUCCAUCGGUGCGAUUUGUAGUGGCGUUUGUAAUCACGACCAUAUUUCUCCGCGAUGUUCAAGCAAUGGAGUACCCGAAAAUCACUGAACAUCCGCUGGAUGUGAUAGUACCGAGGCACGAGCCCACAACCCUCAACUGCAAGGCGGAAGGAAUUCCACUGCCCACCAUCACCUGGUACAAGGAUGGCGAACCGAUCAAAGCGGAGCAGGGCUCGCAUAAAAUUCUGCUACCCGCGGGGGGAUUAUUCUUUUUGAAGGUCGUGCACUCACGUCGCGAGAGUGACGCCGGGGUUUACUGGUGCGAGGCCCGAAACGAACUUGGCAUGGCCCGGAGUCGCAACGCUACGCUGCAAGUAUCAGUGCUGCGUGAGGAGUUCCGGCUGGAGCCUCAAAACACGCGGGUGGCGCAGGGAGAGACAGCGCUGCUGGAGUGUGGGCCACCCAAAGGAUAUCCGGAGCCGGUGAUUUUAUGGCGCAAAAAUGGUCAAACCAUGGAUUUGAGCAAUUCUAAACGAAUCCGCAUCGUAGACGGUGGCAAUCUGGCGAUCCAGGACGCCCGUCAGUCCGACGACGGCCGGUACCAGUGCGUGGCGAAAAACAUCGUUGGCAUUCGAGAAUCUACGGUAGCAUUCCUUCGGGUCCAUGUGAAACCGUUCCUGAUACGAGGCCCCCAGAACCAAACGGCGGUGGCCGGCAGCUCUGUUGUGUUCCAGUGCCGCGUCGGUGGCGAACCAGUACCGGACGUCCUGUGGAGACGCUCGGCAUCCGGUGGCAAUAUGCCGUUAGGUAGAGUACACGUCCUGGAGGACCGAAGCUUACGCAUCGACGAUAUUACCGUCGAGGACAUGGGCGAAUAUAGCUGCGAAGCAGACAAUGCCGUGGGUUCUAUCACUGCUUCUGGAAAUUUGCUCGUUCACUCUCCUCCGAAUUUUAUCGUCCGACCGAAGAAUCAGAUAGCCGACCUAGGUCGAGAGGCACUCUUCGAGUGCCAAGCCACUGGUCAUCCGCAUCCCACUCUCUUCUGGUCACUGGAAGGGAAUCGUACUCUGCUGUUUCCCGGGUCCCGUCAUGGGAAUGUCGAAGUGACGGAGAACGCCGAUGGCGUUAGUGUGCUUUCGGUGUCCAAAAUUGAUCGAAUCGACAAUGGACGGGUGAUAGUUUGCAGUGCCGUGAACAGUGUGGGAAGUGUUAGUACUCGGGUGGUACUCAGUGUGAACCUGCAGGACGAUCGACCGCCUCCGUUGAUUCUCCAAGGACCGAUAAAUCAGACGCUACCGGUGAAAUCCGUUGCUACUCUGCCGUGCCGAGCAUCCGGUUCACCAACUCCAGUUAUUUCGUGGUAUCGAGACGGAAUGCCGGUGUUGACUUCGGCGAGGAUUAAUAUCACCGAUUCGGGCACGUUAACCAUAUCGGAUUUGUUGAAAAACGAUGACAGUGGACUGUACACUUGUGUGGCCAGCAGCAAGACGGGCAAGUCCACGUGGAGUGCCGUGCUGAAACUGGACUCUCCCACGAAUCCUAACAUCAAAUUUUAUCGUGCUCCGGAGUCAUCCACCUUUCCGGGUCCUCCGGGAAAGCCUCAGGUGACGGAUGUGUCGGAGAGUACCGUAACCAUCUCUUGGGUUAGGAGCAAUGCCGUGGGAGCUUCGAGUUUGGCGGGAUACAUAGUGGAGAUGUUUGGAAGGAAUGCCACCGAUGGGUGGGUUGAAGUGGCAAACAAGAUUUUGGAUACCAGCUACACACAGCGGGGUCUGAGUCCGGGUGUUACGUACUAUUUUGUUGUUCGAGCGGAGAAUUCUCACGGAAUUUCAUUGCCUAGUCCGAUGUCGGAACCGAUUCUGGUUGGAAUGAACGAACAAAAUUCCGGGCUGGACCUGAGUGAAGCAAGAGCUAGCUUGCUAUCCGGGGAUGUUGUCGAGCUAGUCAACGCUACCUCGCAGGAUUCGACCACCAUUAAACUGGUCUGGGAGAUCAUCAAUGGCAAGUACGUGGAAGGGUUCUACAUCUACGCACGGAAUCUCGACGAGGAUUCCGAAUCUUCGUACAAGAUGUUGACCGUUCUCAACGCUGGUACCGUGUCAUCCUGUACCGUCAACGGACUGCUCAAGUACACCGAGUACGAAUUUUUCGUCGUACCGUUCUACAAGAGCGUCGAGGGAAAACCUUCGAACUCGAGGCUGGCCCGGACGCUUGAGGAUGUACCGACCGCUACGCCAACCUCAAUGGAAGCUCUGCUGCUGAACUCUUCCGCUGUCUAUCUCAAGUGGAGAUCACCUCCCGCGGGAGCAAUCAAUGGUGUCCUGCAAACGUACCAUGUCAUAGUCCGAGGAGUAGACGUUCAUUCGAAUUACUCGAAAAUACUGAGUAACGUAACGAUUGAUGCGUCAUCACCAAACCUGCUGUUGGCGAAUCUGACCGAGGGAGUGACCUAUACCGUCAGCAUAGCAGCGGCCACAGCCGCUGGUAUGGGUCCAUUCAGUGGGCCGGCAACGUUACGACUCGAUCCUGUCACAAAACAGUUGGAUCAGACCUCGCAUCGCUAUCCGAUUAACCACGACAAUAUGGAUGAUAUUGUGACGAAACCUUGGUUUAUCGCCGUUUUGGGUACGAUUUUGGCCCUGAUGAUGCUAUCUUUUGGGGCUAUGGUUUUCGUGAAACGGAAGCAGAUGAUGAUGAAGCAAUCGGCGUUGGCUUCCAUACGAGGACACCACAGCACCGGGGUGCUGAAGUUUCCAACCCUGCCACAAAACAACGACGGUUACUGGACGGACCCUUCCGGAAUGAUCUGGCGUCAUCCGGCUCAACCGAAGGAUCACAUCCAGGAUUAUGCACCGGUGUGCACCACUUCGACCAUCGUUGCGGACCAGAACAAUCGCAACCGCUACGUGGGGAUCGAUUACAACGAGUAUCCAAGUGAUUAUGCGGAAGUAUCGUCGUUUAGUCCGAAUAACAAAACCAUCGUGUGUGAUAAUGCGAGCAAAGCACCUUCCGAGUACAGUGGGACACGCUCACCGGCCCCUUAUGCCACCACAACUCUGAUAGGCAAUUCGAGAUUUAUUACGAACUCUUCGAACGGUGGUGCGAUGGCAAAUCAUCACCAUCAGCAGUCAGCCUACGGGAGUAUGUAUUACAAUACCGAUUCCUACCCGGUGACGGACUCGAGCAACGCAAAAAGUGAAAACAGUGGCCCACUGCUCAGCGGGUCGGGAGAUUACGGUCGGAACGUGUACUCGGAGUCGUAUUUCAAUCCGACCGAGAAAAUCAAUAUCACCGAGAAUAAGCUGGCGUCGUUGAACAACGGCGGCACCGGUAAUGGAGGCUAUCAGUUGGUACCGAACCACAGCGGAAGCAGCGCCAGCAGCAGCAGCAGUAGCACCGGUGGUGGCGGUGGCGGUCGUUCCGAAACCACCAAAAUCUUCCCCCCAAGUCAAUCGACGCCGCAGACACCGUUUGGGACGAUAAGAAAAAAUCGCUUUAAAUUAUCCCGAACUCCGGUCAAUAAUCUGAGGAUUAGCUUCGAAACGGGUGGUCAGCAGGGCGGCACUGGAAAUGAAUAUGGUAAUCAACAGCAGCUUCAGCAGCAUCAGAGCCAGAAGAAGAAAAUGUCAUCGCUCAAUAAUUUAGGAGCGAAAGAGCAGCUGUACAUAAAGAUAGGGGAAACCAAUCCGAACAAUGCCAACAGUUGGAAUGGUCAUUUGGCCAACAUCUACCAAAACGGUGGCGGCAGUUCGCUGGCGGACGAGGCGGAGGGUGAGGCCGUCUAUCAUCCGACAGGUAACCGCAGUGUCAUUAGCUAUCGGUCCGCCUCCGAGUACGGGGAAAAUGUCUGAGAGUUGCGUAGCUGCUUUGGGUUGACUAUUUAUAAUAACUUAUUCUAACCCCCGCAAACGCAACAUUGGUACACGAACGAAAGACUGAGAGUGUGAUUUGUGUGAGAGUGAGAAAGCAAGGAAAAAAAAGAAUCGCGUGGAGGAGGUGGAUUUGGAGCGAUGAAAAUGUAGCGCGCGUUCGAACUUUUCUCCUGUGGGGGCAGGAUUCGCGCAUCCUUCCAUCACCGCCACCACAAACUGUAGAUAGAUAAAGUGAAUUGGCGUUGUUUGUUGCCAUUGACUGUCAGCUUUGUACAUAAUGAACGGCCCUAUUCCUCCUCGAGCAGCAGCAAAAGCUGAAAGCCGUGUAGGUCGUGUGCAAACAGACUUUAAGCUUUAACUGAUGAUGUGUAGUAGUUGACGAGACGUAAAUCAAGACUGAUCACAGUACUUCCACUGGAAAAAGGGUUAGGUUUGUUGGAUGGGGGUAAAAUAGUAGCGUAUUUCGGGGGGAGGUAGCGUUCGAUCGGAAGAUUGUGGAUUUCGGCCAAUAAACGGCAGUUUGGAAUGAGAUGAAUAGUCAUGGGUGAGAAAAUGAACAAGAUUUAUAAAAAUAUUUUUGUCGCAUGUUUCUCAACAGGUUUCAUCAUUGACCACUUCAUUUUAACACUGAGUCACAAAUUUGAUUGUUUCGCAAAAUUAGAGCGUAUUCUUGGAUUGUACUAUUUUUUAGCUGCAGUGUACCAGCUUCACCUAGCUUCACCCAAAAGAUUCACAUUCUCAUUAUCCUUUUUUCACCUCCAGUAAUUAUUGAAAUUAUGUGCUCCCGUGGCUGGAUGGUUAGCGUCCCACAUUAUCAUGCCGGAGGUUCGGGUUCGAUUCUCGUUCUGGUCGGGGGACUUUUCGUCAAAGAAAUUUCUUCCGAUUUGCACGCGUAUUCUAGAGCUUGCCACUCCGGAAUACAUUCAAGACGUGUUAUCCGACAUAGAAAUCUCAACUAAGUACUAAUAGAAAUGACGCAAGUCAUAUCUAGGGGUAGUGGGGGCAAAUUUGUCACCAGCUUGUUUGGAAGUUUCACUA